AUGGCUCGUGGAUUCAUCCUCACCACCUUUCUCUUCAUUCUCAUCCUUUCUACUUUCGUCGUCAUCAACCGUUUCUUCUUCGAAAACCUCUUAGAUUUCGGAAAAUCCUCGAUAAUUUCCAAUUACGUCCCAAUAUUGCCCUCGAUCCACAUCAAUGCCUCGGCUCCAACCUCCGAAACCGAAGAAGAAAUUCGAAUACUCCUAGGGAUCUCCACCGUAGCCGAACAAUAUCAACGUCGCAACUUCCUUCGACUCGUAUACAACACUCAAUCCACAAUUGGCGCCAAGAUAGAUGUCAAGUUUGUGUUUUGCAACCUCACGAACGAAGAACAAAAGAUACUAGUAUCGCUCGAGAUCAUGAGGUACGACGAUAUCAUCAUAUUGAAUUGCAAAGAGAACAUGAACAAUGGAAAGACCUACACUUACUUCUCGAGCCUUCCCGAUAUGUUUAAAGACUCUUCCAAUAUUGAACCAUAUCCGCCCUAUCAUUACGUUGUGAAGGCCGAUGACGAUACAUAUUUUCGACUAGAUGCUUUGGUGGAGUCGUUAAGGCCUUUGCCUAGGGAAGAUUUAUACUAUGGUUAUGUUAUUCCGUGUAGUAGUAUGAAUCCUUUUCAACGUUACAUGUCGGGUAUGGGAUUUUUGGUUUCUUGGGAUAUAGUUGAGUGGAUUAAGGAUUCGGAUAUUCCUAAAAGUCAUUUGGAUGGUCCGGAGGAUAGGGUUUUUGGAGAUUGGCUACAUUUUGGUGGUCGAGGAAAGAACCGGUUUAAUGCUAAGUGGUCAAUGUACAACUACCCCGAACCGCCAUCGUCGUGUACGCAUGAUUUGUGGCCAAACACUAUUGCGGUUCAUCUCUUGAAGACGCGGGCCAAGUGGAUCAAGACAUUGACAUAUUUUAAUGUCACGAAAAAUGUUAAAGCAUCUAAACUUUAUCAUAUAGAUUGAGUUUGAAA